UUACAUUGUGCUGUACCAGCUCGACAAGCCCAGAGAUAUAUAGAGGCUCUAAGUUCCUUACUUUACACUUCAAGACAGAAGCUCUACUUUUCUACGUACCCAAGUGCUUAGUGAAACAAACUUUAUAAGAGAGAGAUUUUGACAUGUCCUUCCAACAACAACACACCCCUGCUGUCAAGUUCGAUGACUGGCUCAAGGCCUGGCGGUCCUGGGCCGGAACCAGGAAGAGGGGAAAGAUGGCGCAGUUCAUAGUCCACAAGCUCGAGGAGAAUAAGCAAGCCAUGUGGCUUGACAUCACCAAGGGCAAGUUCCAGCUCACUGAGUGGCACACCAUUGCGGAGGAGUGGUUCAAGCAAAAACCACGCAGCUCAGACCAGGUGGAUGCCCCUUGUAUGCUACGUAAAGGGUUGCCUCGAGCAUUCCCCGGACUGGACGAGGUCAAGUCUGAGAGCAUCAAGGAGGGGACACAGUAUAGGAGCAGAGUGUUCCAGGCACCACAGACUCUACUGCAAGAGGUUGUCCUGUACAUCAACAAGCCUAUGUACAACGCUACCUUUGUGCCCAAUGGUCAAACUUCUGCUGGAGUGUUCCAGCCGUCAAUGUACAACCCCCCACAGACUCACAUUCCCACUUCUGUAUCUGUCUCCACGGGCCCCAUAAUGAACGGGGGGCAGCCGUUCCUCUCGCCUCCCAUCAAACUAGAGGAGCAGAUUGAUGCGUUUGUUAAUUCACCUGUGUCCAACGACUCCAGCCACUCCCCCUACAAUGGUGAUACGUAUCAGCAGACCCAGUAUCUCAUAGGCGGGGACGGGUUGCCAGACGGUGCUGGUGGGUCCCCCUAUGGCAAUGGGGGAAGUCCCUACUCCCACGAGGGUCCGUCCCCUGUCAACGGGGCUUUCCCCAUAUCCACGGCAACAGGAAUGACCGAGAUGCUACAGAUACCGGCCAGCGAGGCUGAUGCAUGGUCCAACCCGGGUAAUUAUUCCCCUGUCAAUUCCGAGUAUUAUUCAAGAUCCCCUGAGGCUGCAUAUCAACAGCCCAUUUCCCCCGGUUAUACUGUCGAGAUGGCAUCCAACAUCUCCAUACAAAGCCCUGGACCUAUUGUGUCAUUGCAAGUGCAGCCCUUCCCAGCCCAGUCACCACUGGAGGGAGGAGGUCAGUUGGCUCUGCUGUUCUCUGGAGAGUUGCCACCUGGCAGUAAGUGGCUCAGCUUCAUCAGUCAAGCACGACCUGCGUACAUGCAUCAAGUGGAGGCCGUCCAGGGUCACGACCCCAUGGCCCUCACUGCUAUCAUUCCUAAGCACGAUAUUCCUGAGUCGGUCACGCUUCAAGUGAGCAGUAACGGCCAGCUGGUGGCACAGACAGAGUUCACGUACUAUGCCAACGCUCAGUACAACAGUGACAUGCUGUUCCACUAUCUGACGCAUCAGUUCCCACAAUAUUUCCCAGACGUGUCUAUGGACGGAGGCAUGGAUCUUGGUCAAGGUGAUGUAGGUGGUGCCAAUGGCAAUGGCUACUACUACAGUGGUAACAUACCACCCACCUCCUACUCUCUCCUACUCGGAGCGUGUCGUCUAGGCAUAGAGCCUCUGGUCAUUGCAACUCUGGAGCUAGCCAGUAUGGCUAAGAUCAACUCAAAACAGCUACGCAAGGCUAUGGGGUUAGCCGAUGAGAAUGGCCACUCCAACAUGGGCAAGCUUCUCAAAACGUUGGCAGAGGUGAAUGAGAUCGUCAGCAAGGGGGAGGACGGAGAGAAAAUGGCAGCCAUACACACAGAGGAGGGACGCCAGGCAAUCAAGCACUUGGAGCAACCUAGAGACCCCAAAGACUGUGCUGACAAAGUGCUGAGUCGGCUGUCUUCCAUCCAUCGUAUGGAGGCUGGGAUCAAGGACACUGACCCGCCCACUCCAACCACACCCACUGAACAACUCAAGACACCGACAGAGUUCAGGCGAUCGAGUUCCAACAAACUCACAAGGCAGGAGAACAGAGAAGAUGAGGACUUGCUCUCUCUCCCCCCAACUAACGAGAAGCACAGUAGGGGGUCUAUUGCCGAGUGUGACGACACGGUACCCCCCCUCACAGCACGCCCACGUGUAGAGGGCCGCAAGGGACGAAAGAUGCUCAUUGCUACUCAUUCUGACGCUGCCGACUCAGCCGUUUCCAUGUCAUUUGAUGGAGACUCCAGCGAGUAUUCGGCAGAGGUGGCUCGCAGGAGGAGUGCUCAAGAUGCUCUCCUCGGACUCUACCAGUUCAACAAAGAUUCUGACUACAUCUCUGUCAAGAUCAACGCAGAUACAGGCUACACACUGUCGAGCUCACUCCAAUACGAGUGUUUGUACCAAGUUACGGGUGACUACCCUCCAAGUAGCGACCCCUCGAAUAUAAUUUUCCGAACUGGCGACAAAAUCGUACAAAUUGGAGACACCUCAGUCAAAGAUAAAGGUCCCGAUGAUUUUGCACUCCUGCUACAAACAGAGGCGUGUGAGGGAACAUCGAUACGCAUCAUCCCUCGUCUGUCCCCACCCCCCUCCACAAAUGCUAGCCUGUCGCUCGGUUAUAGUUCCCUAGAGAUGUCGGAGAGACCGAGUAUAUGUAGUCGACCGUCAGAGCAGCAACUUGCCUCCUCUGUCACCAUGAAGGUCUCUAACCUCCUCUCCAUGAAGCCGCCAGGACCUAAACGUAUCGUGACUAUCCCACGCUCAUCAGAUGGGUACGGCUUCAAGCUGACUGGUGGCAAUGCCGUAGGUCUGUUUGUGAGCGACGUGGCAGCUGGUAGGGACGAGAUCAAAGUCGGCGAUCAGGUGCUGGAGAUAGCUGGCGAGUCUACGCUGGAAAUGACCUACUUUGCCUCUCAAGAUCUCCUCAAGAAGGCAAAGGACAAAGUGCAACUAAAGGUCAUGGAGAACAAUGCCAAAUUCCAAGCAAUCAUGCUCCAGUUUGAACUAGAGUCUUUCUACAUCCGUACCUGCGUUGACCACACCCCCUCUGACUCCAAGGACAUGACGCUGCAGGAGGGAGGCAUUGCUCGUGUUGUGAACUGCUCACAUGACCCCAACUACUGGUUGGCCUGGUCAGUGGAUAACAGCACUGGUGCUGACACUGUUCUCAGGAGGAUACCAGCCCCCCACAAAGCUCACAGUCAGUUUGGGAAGCACGUAUACGAGACCAUAUCUACUGGGGACGUACAAGAUCUCGUAACUGCCACAUAAACAAUUACACAAACAAACAAACAAACACAUCUCUUUUUUGUAUUAUUUUGUCAGUUUGUCAUUCGUUUCCAUAGAAACCGUAUUCUGUAUAUAACCUUCAUUCAUCGAUCCACUGUAUUUAGAAAUCUGUCAACAAUUUAAACUUUAUUUGUCCCAAUUAAGUGAAUUUGUUAAUUAUUGUCUGUCAAUCUGCCGA